CCUGUAUAAAUGGAUCGAAGUAGCGGAGAAACUUGCAGCUUGUUUAUAUAGUUCCCGCGACCAACUUAUGUGAUUCAGCCUUCUCAGGAUGCGAGACCCAGCGCCGUCAUCCACGGUUCCACUUCAACUGAGUUCUUCUGAACUCUGGUCCACGUUUAGAUUAAUUGAGAGGAGUAUCUGAACCUAGAGGAUCCUUGUUGAGAGUGAAGAAGGGGUUGCAUACUCAUUUGAUAGGGAAUGGGGAGUCAAUAACAGAAAUGCAAGUGUCGAGAAAUUUGAGUUCAAGAGCAGCACACAGCCGCAGUGCUACCGAACAUCUGUAAACGUGGUUAUCUCAGGUUCAUAAACAAGAAUACACCUCCUUCGGAACAACAGAAGCUAGGACCAACUUCGUCUAUACUUGUUGUUUUGCAGGGACUGUUUGCUUCGGCGCUCAAUCAAGCACUGUCUAUGACGGGUUAGAAGUAUGCCAGUGGUGCAACGAAUUUUUGUUACAAACCUGCCGGCACGAAGAGGUGCAGACCUUCUUACAGUCGACACUGGGGUUCAGUCACAGCUGGUGUCUCUAACCUCGAAUGCCCUAUCUGGGACACCGGCAGCAGUGAUUAAUUUAGACGCUCUGCAGUGGUGCCCCAAUACAGCACAUUAAAUUGAAGAGAGUAUAGUUUGCUCAUCGCAGAAUGUGUUGUAAUAGAACUGAUGACAUUGCCAGGACUAGAGGGUGAGAAGGGAGGUCUAGGCGCACGAUUUCACAAUCGCCAGGAGUCAGUAGUGUAACCGCCAUGGGUCGGCACUCGUGUUGUCACAAACAGAAACUGAAGAAAGGCUUAUGGUCACCAGAAGAAGACGAUAAGCUGGUGCGAUAUAUCACUCAGCACGGCCAUGGCUGCUGGAGCGCUGUUCCUAAACAAGCCGGUCUUCAAAGGUGUGGGAAGAGCUGCAGGCUGCGAUGGAUCAACUACUUGAGACCAGAUUUGAAACGAGGGGUAUUCUCCGCGACAGAAGAAAGUUUGAUAAUAGACUGGCAUGCUGCACUUGGCAACAGGUGGUCACAGAUUGCAACACAACUCCCAGGCCGCACGGACAACGAGAUCAAGAACUUCUGGAACUCAUGCAUCAAGAAGAAGCUCCGCAGCAUGGGAAUCGACCCCAGCACUCACAAGUUUGUCACUCCCAACCCGACACUGAUGGAAGCUGGGGAGAGCUCCUCCAGUGAAAUUAACCCUACGAACAACUCCCACAAAUCUUCCACCCAGCUCAUGGCCGGCGGCAUCGACAGAGCGGGUGAAGGGAAUGUAAGGUUGAGGAACAAGUUCAAAGCUCAGUCUACGUUCCUCGUUCCGCAAACUGCCCAAAACAUAUUCAACUCCUCGGAGGAUGUGAUGUACAAUCCAACCAGAUCCUUAAUCCAUCGAGUAAGCUCUCAAUACUCUCACGCAGUCGGACACUUAGUGGACUUCAACAGGGUUGACUUGCAAGCUGGCCAUACACCAUCAAUGAAACUCUCGACUGACAACCUUCUGGAGCGUUUGAUGGUGAGCGGGACAAGUAACGACGCAGGGUUCUCGCCCACAGCGCCGAAUCUGGCUGAGAGCUCCCCAAACCAUCUUCAACCUGAAAGCUAUGAUUCCGCGAGGUUAGUAGAAGUUGAGCAACAGUCCACCACUAUUCCACCCGUUUUCAAUCCUGUGUAUUGGCUGCUCGGUCAGUCUGGGGCAGCCACCAGUUCUUCGUCUGCAUCAGUUCAGGUCCACUUGACCUGCAAAGGCAACAAAGUGCACGACCGAGGUACACAGCAAUUGGAUCCGCAGCUUAGCAGUUUCUCCGACUCUCCCCAGUAUCUUUCAGAGAUGGAGCCGAGGCUGGGUCCACGAUCAACACACUCCGACUCAUCCUCGCUCUCACCUAACCCUGACUUCAUCCCGGGGGGAAAAUUCCCAGGUCACGCUAGUUUUGUACAGGAUAGGGGAGAAUUGAGCUCCAUUACUGCAAAUCUUCACCAACCUGGUGACACUCUGCAGCUCGGUUGUAGGUCGGGUAACGACAUCUACAUGUCUGCGGAUCUGGAGCACCCCGAACGCGGCCUGCGAAGGCCAUAUUUCUGGCCAGAACCGAACAGUUGCAGCACCAGCAACCUCAGCAUCGAGAUAAAUCAUCAGACUAACAGAAACCAUCGUGCCCUAAGUCCUCUUGGCACCAACCAUCUAUGGCAGAAUCGAGCUGGCACCGAUAUUCCAGCGAUUUCGACCGUCAAACGGAAGUGUGCUUCUGUUCUGCCUGCGAAAGAUGUAAUCAGUGACCAACACUUCUCGGCUAAGAGGGCCACGUUGAUCUGCUCUCCCGAUGAUCUCCUAAAGCGUGGAGCGGCGAAUCCCGAUUGCGACGUUGUCAUGAAGUUGUGCGAUUUGCAAGAUCAGCAGCAGACCUGUCACAACGUCCACGAUCGGACCAGGAUCAACACUGUUGGGCUUGAUCAAGUGAAUCAUCAGCUGCUGGCAGUUACAGGUCCUGAGGUUUAUGUCGACAAUGAUCCGUGGCAAAUUGUGCAGACUCAGGAUGGUGCACAAGGUCACAGCUCUUUCUACCACGCCCCCAUGGUUCCCAUUUUUCGAGACCUUCAACGGAUGGCUGCCGUUCUUGACCAGAUUUAGAGGUCGUUUGGCGAUUGGUUUUCACAUUGUAGAGAUACUCUCAUUUCAUACAGAAUCUUCACACUGUAACGAAAACUUUUGGUUCAAACAUGUACAUGAAAUUCAAUGACUCAAAACUGCUGAAGUUGGAAUGGAAGAAGCAGACAUGGGUGAAUUGUAAAACUAUAUAUCACCCACAAGCCAGUGCGGAUGUCCAUCUGGAGGUAACUUAUUAGAUAGCAUGAUCAAUACUAAAAAUCAUUUCAUUCUUUAACCAAUGCAAUAAAUCAACUGCUGUGUGCGAUGAGUGCCUGAAAGUUUCUUAAGAGUCCUAGUUUGAAGUCAGUGCUUGAAGUGCAUUAUUCCACGCACUCAAUAUUGUUUGAACAACUCCACUCAUCCUGUAUAUGAUUCAGUCACCGAUGACAAUUCAAAGCCUCUUUUGAUCCGA